UUCUUCCACUUGCCCCCCCUUCUUCAAACACACACGCGCUGUCGUCUCCACCUUCUCCUCCAUGCCGCUGCAAAGAAGGAAGCUAAUGAAGACGUAAAAAAACAACAACAACAGCAACAAAAAGGAGAAGCUGGAGGUGUGUUUUCCUCUGAGCGGUGCAGGCGUCACAGCGGGUCUGGAGCACGGGACUGAGGGAGCCGCAUCACGGACUGAGCGGCGGAGGGAGGAGGCGACUGAGCCUCGUAAACACGACAGAAAACGGGAGAACUGGGCGGCAGACAGCGGCGGCUAUCGCCCCCCAUCAACACCGCGUUCCUUAUUAUCUUUUUUUAUUAGUAUUUUACACUGUUUGGCUUUGCUAAUUUCAUAGUCAGCUCGGCGUUUCCUUCCCCUUAUUUUAUUAUUAUUUUUUCUGGAUUUUUUUUAAAUAUAUAUAUAUAACCUCCGGAGGUAAAAGGCAGGUUUGUGUCACCACCGCGGUCGACAGGACUCCUGCUCGGGACGGUUUCAGCUGCAGCUCCGCCGGAUACAACCAGGGGAGAGCAGAGGCGAGAUGACCGUAGAGUAACCCGGCUGAAAGCAGCGAAGAGCCACCCUCCUCCUCCCCCUCCUCCUCCCCCUCCUCCUCCUCCUGCCUUCCUCCGGUUAUCACCGAGUGUCCCCCGCCGCCGAUGCGAUGGUCCAGCGGCUGCCGCAGCAAAGCGAGCAGGCUUGACUGAGAGCAGCAGGGCUCCCCUGCACCAUGAACCUCUGAAAGACAUCCGACACAGGCACAGAUGGGCAGCAACGCAGGGGAGAGGAAGUUUGCAACAACAGUGUGACAGCGACUGCUGGCAUGAGCACAUUGGAUUAAUUUGGACAGUCAUGUCUUGGCUUAGAGGGGCCGUGUCCUCCCUAGGCCUGCAGACAGCACGCACAAAAUGCCGGCGGCUGCUCCGUUCGAUGAAAAUGCGACGGCACAGAGUGUUCUUGCUGUGCACGGUUGGUCUGUGCGUCAUCUCCUUCCUCCACUAUUACAAGGCCCUCCAUUACGUCUCCCUGCUGCGUGAGCUCUCCGCUCCAUACCCCAACAUCAAGUCCUUCAUCAUGGUCUCUGGAUUCUUCUGGAGGGAGAAGGGACUGGCUACCACUCCGCUCAGCCCUGCCUCUCCCGAAGAAGSCCCUGGUCUCAGCCAUCUGGACCCCAAAUUUGGAGGAGGGGCAGGUUCUUUAGUGGGUGAAGGAGGGCGAGGCCAGAUUGAAAGACAGGGCAAUCCUCAACAUCGCUGGRAAAUUCAUGAUGAAAAUGAAAUUGGAGACAUAAAAAAGGAGAGGCUAAAUGAAAACCAUCAUGCUCUGCCUAUUGGACCAAAACCCCCAGAAGCACCAUUGGACCCCUUAAAAUCAAUGGGGGACCUUCAUACCCGUCUUUAUGAACUCCAAGAUGACAAGACACCUUAUUUUGUCCACACGAAAAAUGGAGCUUUUUGUUUCAAACAGGGAAUGGAGGUGGCUACCCCAAAGGAAUACCCUAUAAAAGGAGAGGCUGGAGCUAAAGAAGUCGAAAAAGUGGGUCAAGCCGCACAACGGAAACCUCUGGAGCUUCAGCAACAGCCCUCCAUGGCUCCAAAGGCUAAAGCACGAUCCAAGCGCGGCGGAAAGCGGCUGGUUAAGUGUGUAUGUCGACCCGGGUGGCAUGGACCUUAUUGUGGAGUUCCCACCAUGGUGUACCACUCCAAUCUGCCAACCAAGGAGCGGCUGACGCCCAGGGAGACCCCACGGAGGGUGAUCAACGCCAUCAACGUCAAUCAUGAGUUCGACCUGUUGCACGUACGCUUUCGUGAGCUUGCGCAGGCUGUAGAUUUAUUCAUUGUGUGUGAAUCUAACUUUACUGCCUAUGGAGAAAAACGGCCUUUAAGUUUUCUGCGCCUUCUUCUAAAUGGUACGUAUGAUUACGUACGUCACAAGAUCGUGUACGUGUUCCUGAACCACUUCCCGGAGGGUGGUCGACAGGAUGGCUGGAUAGCCGAUGACUAUCUGCGAACCUUCCUGACACGCGACGGCUUGUCCCGGUUGAGGGGGGCAAGGCCUGAUGACGUGUUUGUGAUCAACGAUGCGGAUGAAAUCCCAGCGCAAGAAGGCCUCCUUUUCCUCAAGUUGUUCGAUGGCUGGACAGAGCCUUUCGCCAUACACAUGCGCAAGUCACUGUACGGCUUUUUCUGGAAGCAGUUUGGGUCUCUAGAGGUGAUCUCCGGCUGCACCCUGGGGAUGCUCCAAAGCGUCUACGAUAAUGACGGCAUCAAGCUGCGACGUCGGGAGUACUACACUAUGCCUGGUUUCCGAAAGUACGAGAACAGCACUGGCCACAUCCUGGUGCAGUGGUCGGUGGGGAGCCCCUUCCACUACGCUGGGUGGCACUGCUCUUGGUGCUUCACGCCUGAGGGGAUCUUCUUCAAGCUGGUGUCGGCACAGAAUGGAGACUUCCCUCGGUGGGGUGAUUACGAGGACAAGCGCGACCUCAACUACAUCCGGGAACUAAUCCGGACAGGGGGCUGGUUUGAUGGCUCUGUACAGGAGUAUCCCUCUGUGGACCCCAAAGAGCAUAUGUAUGCCCCUAAAUACAUGCUGGAGCACUUCAACAGGUACCGCUACCUCUUGGAAAACCCUUAUAAACAAAGAGAGAAUGAGAUCUAAGACAGGUGGGAAAUAUAUGCUAACUAGUAGAGCAUAUCUGAGGCCCCAGCACUGAGCUUUGAAGGUGGAAUGUUACUGAGGAACUAAAUCAUUCUGUGGAGCUAAAUGUACCUCCAAUCAGCAACAAUAAUGUUGCAUGGAUUAAACACUUUAUUUUGGGGUAAAAAGAAAAAGGGAACACUGUAUCGCGACUAGAGGAUUUACAAGGUGAGCAUCAAGAGGAUACAACCACUGGAUAAACAAUAUGAUCCUCCCUACCUGUUUUUGUUGUUAUUUACCUUAGAGAGGCCAAGCUGUCUCUCCUCACCCAUCUUUUCGUUUUCUUUGUCUGCCACCUGGCACGCCUGUGAUAAUUGGAUGGCUUUAGGAAAAAAAAAGGAGAGGAAAAAUAAAAGCCAGGGRUAUUUUACAGGCACAUCGAGAUGAAAACUCUGGACUGCAAAAACUGUCCGCCUAAUCAAGUUUUAAAAUCUUAUAUCCAGCCAAAAAGUCUUUUUGAUCUUGUUUUGA